ACACCUGAGAACAUUUUGUUGCCAACUGCUUAUUGUUUGGGUCUAUCGAACACAACACCCAAACAUAACCUACCAAUUGAUUUUUUGUAAACAAAAAAAUCUAAAGCGCAUAGAAGUAUCAAAAAUAUGAACACUAUACUCAAACAUUUGCAGGGGCUAUAUGAACAAGAACUGUAUUCGAACAUAAUUCGUGUGUGUGAUGUAUCAUUAUCAAUAGCAGAACAAAAACCGGAAUCUCUAACUCUACCAGUUAAACACCAACUAGUAAUCUACUAUGCAGACUCUCUGUACUAUACGCAACAAUACCAGCAAGCAAAACACAUGUAUAAACAAGGGCUGGAAAUUAAACAAAACAUAAAAACGAUCAAGAAAAAUGCCAACAACAAACUGCAAGAGAACCACAUAGAAAUGACAAGCGAUGUGGAUAUUAGGUACAAAAUACACCUGUGUUGUCUGGCACUGAAGCAAAACAUGGGAGCCAUUGAGAUCUUACAGGAGAUCCCAGUCAAAUCUAGGACACCCAAAAUCAACAUGGCCUUAGGCAAUUUAUAUAAGGAUUCAGGGAUGGAGUGGUCUGCUGUUGCCUAUUACAAGGAUGUGCUCAAGGAAUGUCCCAUUGCUUUGGAGGCUGCAGACAAUUUAUUAAAGCUUGGCAUUAAAGGUGUAGAAGUAAACUCUUUAAUGAUGGAAGUAUCGUCAGAAAUACCGUGGAUUAUAACAUGGCUGAAAGCACAAGCUCAAUUGCAUUCUAGGGAUUUUUCCAAUGCUAUAGCUACAUAUAAAAGUAUGGACCAAUAUGGCUUCAUGAAAGAUAAUGCUACACUGUCAGUGAACAUGGGCUACUGUUACCAUUACUUGUGUGAUGACAACAAAGCUAUAAACAUGCUGCAAAGGGCAUAUCGCUUAGACCCUAAUUUACUGUUUGGCAAAGACUUGUAUGCUUCAUUACUGGCAAAUUCAGGCAGCAAGGAGCAUUUAAAAAUAUUGGAGUCAUUAACGCCUACAAUGGAUACAUCCCUAUUUACAUAUGAACAUUGGAUGAUCCUUGGCAACUAUGUAUAUGCGAAUAAAAAGUACGAGAACGCCGCGUAUUUUGCUCAACAAGCUUACCUGCACAACAAAAAGAAUGUGGAGCCGCUUUUGCUUAAGGCGAACGUAUAUUUUGAUUUAAAAAAGUAUCAGGAGGUGGUCGCAAUUUGUACUGAAGCAAUAAACAUAUGCCCAUUUAGAUAUCACAUUUACAAAUGCCUUGUGGACAGUUUGUUGCAACUGAAUAGACUGAGGGAAGCCGAAUCGAUUGCUCAGAACGCGCUCAAGCAACUGAACAACAGUCCCCAAGCCUUAUGUCUUCUGGUGACUGUUUGGCUGAAAGGACAACUGGCAUCGAGUAAAAUCGUCAAAAAAUAUUUGGAAAAGGCCGUAACGAAAGACAAGAACGGCUCAACAAACGCUCUGACCACCUUAGUCGAAUUCCUACAGCAAGAAUCGCAGUACGAACAAGCGACGCAACUGCUUCUGAAACACAUAGAACACCAACCAACCUCACGUCACCACCAAUUGCUGGGCGACUGUUACGUGAACCUGCAAAAGGACAACGAGGCUUUCGACCACUACAUGAUCGCUUUGAGGCUCGAUCCCAACAAUCAGCGUGCGACCGAAGGGCUCAACAACAUCGGCAGGACGAUGGCGCAGAGCAAACAGGAGAGCUACUAUUCCUGCGGGGACAUUUCGUACGGUUCGCAGGUCAGCACGUGUUCGGAUCAUGAGGCCGAUCCCGAGAGCGACACGGAUCCGUGGCCGGCAGAAGAUGCGCUAGUGAAUUUUGAUUAGAUAGAUUAAUUUGUAUAUUGUAAUUUUUUAAAUAAAUUUUUUUUGAAACUA